CGCGGGGCGCUGCUCGCUCCCUUCGCGCCGCCCGCUCCCGUUUCCUUCCUCCGUGCACGUCUCAGUCGGUGUGCCCUUCUCGUCCCGCCAUGGCCGCUCUCACCCGGAACCCGCAAUUCCAGAAGCUGCAGCAAUGGCACCAAGAUAACAGUUCUGACCUCAACCUGCGCCGCCUUUUUGAUGCCGACAAGGAGCGCUUCAAUCAUUUCAGCUUGACUCUUAACACCAACCAUGGCCACAUUCUGGUGGAUUACUCCAAGAACCUUGUGACGGAGGAAGUGAUGCAUAUGCUGGUGGACCUGGCCAAGUCCAGGGGUGUGGAGGCUGCCCGUGAGAGCAUGUUCAACGGUGAGAAGAUUAAUAGCACUGAGGAUCGGGCAGUGCUGCAUGUGGCCCUUCGGAACCGCUCAAACACACCCAUUUUGGUGGAUGGCAAGGAUGUGAUGCCAGAGGUCAACAAGGUUUUGGAAAAAAUGAAAUCUUUCUGCCAGCGUGUCCGCAGUGGCAACUGGAAGGGGUACACGGGCAAGUCCAUCACAGAUGUCAUCAACAUUGGCAUUGGAGGCUCAGACCUGGGGCCUCUUAUGGUCACUGAAGCCCUUAAGCCGUACUCUUCAGGAGGUCCCCGGGUCUGGUUUGUCUCCAACAUUGAUGGGACCCACAUUGCCAAAACCCUAGCCAACCUGAACCCUGAGUCCUCCCUGUUUAUCAUCGCAUCCAAGACCUUUACCACCCAGGAGACCAUUACAAAUGCAGAAACGGCGAAGGAGUGGUUUCUCUCGUCAGCUAAAGAUACUUCUGCAGUUGCGAAGCACUUUGUUGCCCUGUCUACCAACACGGCCAAAGUGAAAGAGUUUGGAAUUGACCCUCAAAACAUGUUCGAGUUCUGGGAUUGGGUAGGCGGACGCUACUCGCUGUGGUCAGCCAUUGGACUCUCCAUUGCCCUGCACGUGGGUUUUGAGAACUUCGAGCAGCUGCUCUCGGGGGCUCACUGGAUGGACCAGCACUUCCGCACAACACCUUUGGAGAAGAAUGCCCCUGUCCUGCUGGCUCUGCUGGGGAUCUGGUACAUCAACUGCUUUGGCUGUGAGACGCACGCCCUGCUGCCCUAUGACCAGUACCUGCACCGUUUUGCAGCCUACUUCCAACAGGGUGACAUGGAGUCCAAUGGGAAGUACAUCACCAAGUCCGGCGCCCGUGUGGACCACCAGACAGGCCCCAUUGUAUGGGGAGAGCCAGGGACCAAUGGCCAGCAUGCGUUCUACCAGCUCAUCCACCAAGGCACCAAGAUGAUACCCUGUGACUUCCUCAUCCCGGUCCAGACCCAGCACCCAAUACGAAAGGGUUUGCAUCACAAGAUCCUCCUAGCCAACUUCUUAGCCCAGACUGAGGCGCUGAUGAAGGGGAAAUCAACCGAGGAGGCCCGGAAGGAGCUCCAGGCUGCAGGAAAGAGUGCAGAGGACAUUGAGAAGCUGUUGCCACACAAGGUUUUUGAAGGAAAUCGACCAACCAACUCUAUUGUGUUCACCAAGCUCACUCCAUUCAUUCUUGGAGCCUUGAUCGCCCUCUAUGAGCAUAAGAUCUUCGUUCAGGGUAUCAUCUGGGACAUCAACAGCUUUGACCAGUGGGGAGUGGAGCUGGGAAAACAGUUGGCUAAGAAAAUUGAGCCUGAGCUUGAGGGUAGCGCUGAGGUGACUUCUCACGAUUCGUCCACCAAUGGAUUAAUCAGCUUCAUCAAACACCAGCGUGAUGCCAAAACUGAAUAAACUCAGCUACAGUUCCUGUUGUGACUGGUCCUUCUUGUCCCACCUUGCCAGAGUCUGCGCUGCAUGGUCCUGCCCCUCCCUGUCCAGGGCAACCUCUGGUUGAAGACUUGGGCCACACACCCCCUGGUGGAAGCCAGUCUGGAAUUGCCAUCCUGCCCCUUCCUUGUCCACUCUCCCUCUUUUCCACUUUGCUGAAGUGCUUCAGUGCAGCCGAUUUUUCUGACCCGUGUUUACAUCAUAAGCAGGAAAAUAAAGAUGCCACAAAGGAG